AUUCUUUAACGUCGAGGUAGGGAAUACCAAGCUGCCAUCAUGAAAUUCUUCGCCCUCUUUGCUGCCGUAUUGGCCCUUGCUGCCUCUACCCCUAUUAUAUCAACUUGGAAUCUUCAUGAACUCGCUGCAGCUAUCGAGAAUCCUGACACCGACCCGGCUAUACUUCCGUAUCUGGAGGCUGCCCUUAACCAGAUGAUGGAAGAUGCCUUCAGCGGUCAAACCCCAUCCCCAGUGAUCAUUUCUGUGCCAGUCCAAGCAACCUGGACUUUGGAGCAGAUCACCACACAACUACACGACCCCAACACCAUCCCAGCCUUGGUGCCUUACCUCGAGAGCGCUCUUAACGAACUGAUGUAUGCUUUGCACAGUGGACAGGAUGUGACUGCCGUCACCGUUAACAUUCCUGCGAUGAACGUGAACAUUUGGACUUUGGACAAGCUGUCUCAAGCCGUCGUGAACCCAGACACCGACCCCGAGCUCGCUAUCUACCUCACACAUGCUCUCAAUCAAUUGAUGGAUGCGAUUAUAUCUGGUGAACAGACUACUUCGAUCGCUGUAAUCACUCCUCCCGGCGUACCUGUAGUAGCUCCCGAGCUCAUCAAUCCUGUGCCAGCUGUCAUUGACCCGCCUACUUUGACCCCACUUCCCAUUUUCCCCAUUUCCCCCGAACUCACAACACCUGAAGAGCCUGUUCAGCCUGCCGUCUCCAGUCCCCUUGUGCAGGUCAUCAUAAAUAUCAAAGCUCAGGAAAUGACACCCACCCCUGUAAUGGAUCCCCUCGUCGCUGCUUCCCUUGCACUGUCCACUAUGGUCCCACAAGUUCAAAUCUCGGAACUGUCACGCGCUAUCCAAGAAGCGACGGAUCCCAUAGUGAAGAAAGUUCUAGAAGGGAUUCUAAAUGACUUUAUGGACUUGCAAUUCGAAAAGGAAACUCCCUACACCACAGGGGUCACAGUCCUACCAAUGGACACUACCAUACAAGACGUCGAUACUGCUGUGUCCAGAGUGACAGAUUCAAAAAUCAAAGCUAUUUUAGCAAAAAUAUCAGAAACUUUCAAAUCUGGAGAUAAAACUCCACAAACGAAUGAUGGUUCUUGGAGCCCAAAACUUAAGCCUAUAUUAGUUUUGACCAUGAAGUUCCUUACCGUUUUCGUUGCCGUGGUGGCCGUGGCUGCUGGCGUACCCACUGGCUGGAAUUUGGCGGUACCCCGACCAUUGCCUGAAGCCGUCGCCCCCGUUGCUCCUGUGGUCCCUGAGCCUGCGCUCGUCGUCCCUGGUGUUGUUAUUGAGCCCGCUCUAGUUCCUGGUGUCUAUGAGAUUUCUGCAGCCUCCACCUCUCUUGUUCAGCUCAUCAUUAACAUCAACGCUGGUGAACAGGCACCCGUUUUCCCAGAAACAGUGAUCGACCCCGUAGAAAUCGUCGAUCCAAUCGCCGUGGUCGAUGAAGCUGAAAAUACCCCCGAACCUGUAGUUCUCCCUGAACCCGUCCACCCCGAAAUCAUUCUCCCCGAGCCCGUCGUACUCCCCGAACCCGUCCUCCCCGGACCCGUCGUUCUCCCCGAGCCCGUCGUUCUCCCCGAACCCGUCCUCCCCGGACCCGUCGUUCUCCCCGAGCCCGUCGUUCUCCCCGAACCUGUCCUCCCCGGACCCGUCGUGGUCUCUCCGAUUGUCGUUCCUGAACCAGUUAUUGUGAACCCUAUUGAUAUAGUUGCCGUUGGCGAACCUGACAUCAACCCUGUAGAUCUAAUCAACCCUGUCCCCGUUGUUGUUCCUACCCCCGCUGUUGGUGGGAUCAGGGUUUGAAAAAGUUUAAAGAGACAAAUUAAUUUAAAAAGAAGUCGUGCCAGAUAAACUUUUAAAGAUAGACAGGCAUUUAUUUUCCUUUUUAGUCAAUAAAGUUAUAAAUAUUUCUAGAAUUCCAAAGACUGGUUUACUGCGUGGUUUAAGCUUAAAGGAACUACGAGUAUAAUAGAUAAUAAUAAACUAGAACAUUUAACUGGAGAAAACGUAUUCCAUUAAUAAUUUGAAGUGUAUAAAAACAAAAAUAAACGCAUUUGA